UUAAAGCAUCGAGGUCCUGAUUGGAGCAGACUGUACCAAAAUGAAGAUUUCUUUCUAGCGCAUCAAAGGCUAGCAAUUGUUGAUCCUGAUUCUGGGGACCAACCCCUAGAUAAUGAGGAUGACAGCAUUAUUGUUACAGUAUGAAUGGAGAGAUUUACAACCAUGAAGAGCUACGAGGACAAUUUCCUAAUCAUGUUUUUAAGACAGGCAGUGAUUGUGAAGUUAUCACUCAUCUGUACGAGGAAUUUGAGGAAGAUUUUCUGGAUAUGUUAGAUGGAGUCUUCUCAUUUGUUUUGUUAGACACCCGACACAACACCUUCAUAGCUGCGCGUGAUGCCAUUGGAGUCACACCCCUCUAUAUUGGAUGGGGGCUUGAUGGUUCUGUUUGGAUGUCAUCUGAAAUGAAAGGACUGAAUGAUGAUUGUGAAAACUUCAAGGUCUUCCCUCCCGGACACUUGUACUCCAGCAAAACAAGAAGCUUGAAGAGAUGGUACAACCCACCUUGGUACUCCGAAACUGUUCCAUCAGCUCCAUAUGAUCCCCUUGUUCUGAGGAAGGCAUUUGAGAAAGCGGUCAUCAAGAGGCUCAUGACAGAUGUUCCAUUUGGAGUUCUACUGUCUGGUGGCCUUGAUUCAUCCCUAGUUGCUGCUGUUACAGCUCGGCACCUUGGAGGAACUAAAGCUGCAGAUAUAUGUGAAAACCAACUCCAUUCCUUCUGUAUUGGUUUGGAGGAUUCACCAGAUUUGAGGGCUGCAAAAGAGGUUGCCAAUUAUUUAGGCACAAUUCACCAUGAGUUCCACUUCACAGUUCAGGAUGGUAUUGAUGCCAUUGAGGAUGUAAUCUACCACAUUGAAACAUAUGAUGUUACCACCAUCAGAGCAAGUAUCCCCAUGUUCCUCAUGUCUCGUAAAAUCAGGUCAUUAGGAGUGAAGAUGGUAAUCUCUGGGGAAGGUUCAGAUGAGAUUUUUGGAGGAUAUUUAUACUUUCAUAAGGCACCUAACAAGGAGGAGUUCCACCAGGAGACAUGUAGAAAGAUCAAAGCUCUCCAUCUAUAUGAUUGCUUAAGAGCGAAUAAAGCCACCUCGACAUGGGGGUUGGAACUUCGUGUGCCAUUUUUAGAUAAAGAAUUCAUUGAUGUCUCUAUGAGCAUUGACCCAAAAUGGAAAAUGAUCAAUCCUGAUUUGGAUCAGAUCGAGAAGUGGGUAUUGAGAAAAGCUUUCGAAGAUGAGGAGAACCCCUACCUCCCAAAGCAUAUUCUCUAUCGGCAAAAAGAGCAGUUUAGUGAUGGUGUUGGUUAUAGUUGGAUCGAUGGACUGAAGACCCAUGCGGCGGAGAAUGUGACGGACAAAAUGAUGUUAAAUGCUGUGAAUAUUUAUCCACACAAUACACCAUCCACUAAAGAGGCGUACUACUACAGAACGAUCUUUGAGAGGUUAUUCCCACAGGUUUCUGCGAUAUUGACUGUCCCUGGGGGCCCAAGUGUUGCCUGCAGCACCGUGAAGGCCAUAGAGUGGGACUCCCAAUGGUCAAAAAACCUCGAUCCCUCUGGUAGAGCUGCUCUUGGUGUCCACAUCUCGGCCUUAAAUCCACACAUUCCUGCCUCUCUUACUGCUAAUGUAGAUGUAAGAGCUUCAUGACUCCAUCAAUACCUAAUGUUCUUGACUUCAGUUCAUGAUAUAGCAGCAUCUGUAUUUUUGGUUUUUAGCUUUGUACAUCUAAGUUCUUAACAGUACACGCAGUUGUAUUUGAAUGGAAAGAACUGAAUAAAUAAAUUUAUCAUGUCUUUGAUUA